AUGUCAGAAGCAAGCGAUCAACAACAACGCAGACCUAGUAUUUUCUUAAGGAUUGCUUGCAAGAUAUUGCCCAAAUUACAAGAUAUAAGUUCUAGUCCUGGAUGUACAUUCCAUGGUUUUGGUUAUGAUUACAAGACCGACGAUUACAACACAUCUGGGGUGCUUUUGAAUGGAGCUGUUCAUUGGCUCAGGAGUAGAUUAAGUGAAACGUCCUCCGCAAUGAUAGUCUCAAUGCAUAUAAGUGAAGAGAGAUUUGAAGAAUUGCAACUACCAAUGACACUACCAACAACGUUAACUAUACAUGAAAUGAAUAUGGGAGUGUUGGAAGAGUGUCUUUGUGCACUUGCUCAUAUGCAAAGGACUUUUCAAGUGUGGGUAAUGCAAGAUUAUGGAGUUUCAGAGUCUUGGACUAAACUUUACACCAUUACAUUUGAGAGCAUGCCAUGUUGUGUAUAUUUUGAUGUGAAACUUAUCGAGUCUUUUAAGGAUGGUGAGAUUCUGUUCAAGAACCAGUGUCGUGUAACUUUAUAUGACCCGAAGCAUGGAGCUACGAGAAAGCCAAAUAUUAACAUCCAUGGUUUAAUAGUGCGAAAAGCAGUUAUUUUGAAAGUUUGGUUUCCUUAA